AUGGCAUUAAAGCGCAUUCGCAUGAAGAACGAAAGGGACGGGUUCCCUAUUACGGCUAUGCGAGAAAUCAAAUUAUUACAGAGAUUAAAGCAUGAGCGUAUUGUUGAAUUACAAGAAAUUAUGGUAGCCAAGGGAUCUAUUUAUAUGGUACUAGAAUAUAUGGAUCAUGAUUUAUCUGGUAUACUAGGGCAUCCGAACUUCAAUUUUGAACCAGCCCAUGCUAAAUCCUUAGUGAAGCAAAUGCUAGAAGGUCUAGCUUAUUUACACCAUAUGGGUAUAUUGCACAGAGAUAUCAAAGGCUCCAAUCUAUUGCUUAAUAAUAAGGGAGAAUUGAAAAUUGCUGAUUUCGGUCUAGCAAGAGUAUUUGAAAAGAAGAAAGCACACGACUACUCAAAUAGAGUAAUUACACUUUGGUAUAGACCACCAGAACUCUUAUUGGGUGCAACAGCCUAUGGUCCUGCUGUAGAUAUCUGGAGUGAAUUGCCCUGGUAUGAAUUGGUCAAACCCCAAGAAAUCCAUGCUUCCAAAUUUCGAGAAUUAUAUGGACCAUUAUUAUCUCCUGGUGCAUUGGCAUUAUCUGAAGCAUUAUUGUCAAUGGAUCCAGUGAAUAGACCAACUGCUGCAGAAGCACUGGAAUUUGAUUACUUUAAAGAGGAAUUACCAUUACCUGUGAUGCCAGCCAAUCUCUUAGGCGUCAAUGGUGAUUGGCAUGAAUUUGAAUCAAAGCAACGCAAACGACAAAAAGCAACCAACACUCAGACUAAAAAGGACAUGUCAACUAGAUCAAAACUACCUUUAGCUAUCAAAUAA